CUAUGGAAUAUAAAAGCUGGUUAUUCACAGUGCUCCUCCAUUAAUUCCCCUCUAUUCUUGGAUACAACCUAUUCUGCAAUCUAAUAUCUCGGUUUAAGAUAUGGACAAUAAAGAAAUAAGAAGAACACUUGAGGACUAUUUUCCUAAAGGGUUCUUGAUCUCAGAAUCAUCAAAGUAUGAUUGUCAUUUGGAAGACAUGCAUCUUGUCCUACAGCUUCUCCUAGCUACUCUGGCUGUAAAUCCUGUUCCUAUUCAAAAUUCUUUAUACGGAGAUGUCCAAGUUGAAUGUGACUCGAGAACUAUAUCAGUUCAAAUUAAAACUGAAAAACCAUUUGUUGGGGUUAUCUUUGUUAAAGAUUUUGCGUCGGAAGAAGUGUGUACAUCAAGAGGAACUGGAAGACUUUCAGCUUUCUUGGAAAUUGAAAUAGGAUUAUGUGGUGCACUGAGACAGCGAGUAUUGAAUCCAAAGGGACUUGCUGUUCGAACGACAAUCACAAUUUCAUUUCACCCAUAUUUUAUCACAAAAGUGGAUAGAACUUAUAAUUUGUUGUGCUUGUACCGGGAGAGCCAAGUCACUGUUGCAAACAACAUAUCCGUGGAUGAAAUCUCUACAAUAAGCUAUAAUGUCAAUUUGACAAUGCCAACUUGUACUUAUCAGAUCCUUAGUGGUGGUCCGUUCGGUGAACCUGUAGAAUUUGGUUUAAUAGGUCAGCAGGUUUAUCAUCAGUGGAAGUGUGAUAAUGAUAAAGAAGACUCAUUCUGCAUGGUAGUUCACACGUGUUCUGUUGACGAUGGACGAGGUGAAACCUCAUUUCUCAUAGACUCGAAUGGGUGCUCAAUUGAUAAGUUUCUAUUGUCGAACCUUGAGUAUCCGGGAAACUUACUCGCUGGGCAAGAAGCUCAUGUGUAUAAGUUUGCUGAUCGAGAUGCUCUUUUCUUCCAGUGUCAGAUAUCAAUUACCGUCAAAGAGCCAGACCAGGAAUGCGUGAGACCAAUAUGUGAAGAUGUAGAAGGCGGUGGAGCACCCGUUGUUGGGCCACCUCCAUAUGGUUUUUCUCAAAAGACACAAGUUUCUUUUAAUCAACGUGCUAAACGAUCAGAAACUAGCCUGGAUGAGCAAAUUACGGAUGUUAGGACACGAUUUUCUGUUAGCUAUCAUUUUGAUAUUCAAACAAAUUCAAUUGAAAUUAUUGAAUCUUGUGUUUUAUUGUCGACAAUGUCUAUUCCAUUUCUCCUUUUCUACAUUCUUAUACUAAUUUUGACAUCAGUAGUUACAGUUAUUAUUUCUCCAAAAAUAUAGUUCAUAUCUUUAAUAAUCCCUUCCCAUUUAAAACCACUGUUAUUUUUUCGAAAUGAACCAUUUUUAAUUA